UAAAACAACCCUUCUCCUGUAUCCUUCUCCUGCACCCUACUUCUUCAAGCUCCACGCCAAGCUUUCUCUCCCUUCAAUCCAUCCAAGCCAAUGUCUCUGCGCCGCCCUCCCCUUCCCCAACCAAACCUCCCCCGUUCCUUCCGCUUAUUUUGGUGCCAUCACUGCCGCCAUCUCAUCCCCAUCUUUCUCCCACCCUCCGCCACCUCCACCUUCAUCUGCCCCCGCUGCUCCCUCCACUUCGUCCACGAAUACCAUAUCCCCUCGCUCCUCCCGCCGCCACCGCCGCCCCCGCCGCCACCGCCUCCGCCUCUUCCCCACACAUUCCAUCCCCAAGACUAUUACACGGGCCCUAACCUCAACGACUUCAUCGAGAACAUAACGCAGAACGACCGCCCCGGGCCGCCGCCGGCAUCAGCAUCGUCAAUCCACGCGUUGCCGACGGUGGCCAUCGCCGCAUCGCAUCUCAAAGACGGUUCACAGUGCCCGGUGUGCAAGGAAGAUUUCACCGUGGGGGAAGAGGCGAGGGAGAUGCCGUGCCAGCACGUGUACCACUCAGACUGCAUCGUGCCGUGGCUGCGAUUGCAUAACUCGUGUCCUGUGUGUAGGUUUGAGCUUCCAGUCGACAAGGUUGCGGAUGGCGAGCGGAGGAGAAACAGCGAUGGAGGAGGAGGAGAUGGUGGGCAGCUGCGGUCGGAGAUGGUGAAUCUGUCUGGUUUGUGGGAGUGGCUGUUUCGCCGGACAUGGAUGCCGGGAUGGGAACAGAACCGUUGGCAUGAAAAUGAGCGGCGUGAAGAGCGGGGUGGACGAGUGGUUCUACUGCCGCUUGUAGCUUCCUUUUCAUUGCUAGCCUGCUUGUUUUAUUUCUUACUAUAGGGUAGUUUAAUACAUGGAACAGAACUACUAU